CAAAUCAAUGGUAAUUGGACUGGUGUUUGUAUUGAUAUUGGCAGUAGAACAUUCGUUAAUUUAAAAUUGUAUUUAACGUUAUUUUGAAAUAUUUACCUAUUAGUAUUUAUUUUCUUCGUCUUUAAUUUCUAUUCGGUAAUUGUAAAAAAUUAUUGUUUUCAACGGUUCGAUUUCACUUUUGUUAUUGCCAUGGAUAACAGCAACGAAAUGGAUCAUGACGGCAUGUACGACCAACAGUUGGAAAAACGUUUACGCGAAUCAGAAAAUACUUACAAGGUAUUCGGUUUUACUCACAUAAUUCUAAUUGGUUCCAUAGCUGAUAUAGUGAACUCGUCAAUGCGUAAAACUUUUGAGUGCAUGUAUCGGAAGACAAAAAAAUACUGUAAAACUGAAAAUGAGGUAGAACUUUAUCGUCAACAGCUCUGUAAACUUUAUCUGAACCAUAUGCAAAGAGGAUUGGGGUACAUUGAUCGUUUAGAACCAAAACUGUCUAAAGUUUUGACCGUGAAAAUGAAACACCCAGUUGAAAACAUUCAAGAACGAUUAUUAAAGUUAAGAGCAAAAGUUGCCGAACGGACAAAGCGAGUUCAAAGCCUAUUAAUGUUGCAGAACCUCUUAAAAACCGAUACAAUAAUGGCUGAAUGGAUUGUAUCCAAAGUUGAACAUUCGGUACAUGAAGCAGAGAUAGACCUUAGCAGAAUAAAAGAUGAUAAUAAAGUAAUACCAACCAAUGGUUUUGUAGAUAGUUUAAACAGCAUAAAUAAUUCUAUUAAUUCUUUAAAAUGUGAUUAAUUUCUUUUUACAAAUAAAAUGUACUUAUUAUUUAAAACUAUAUUAAAAUUAGCUAUUUACAAACACAUAAUUAU